GAAAAACAAGUAAAAUGAGGCAGACAUGAAAUUGCUGAAACACGAGAUAUAGAAGAAAAAAUAGAGUCAAAGACUUACUAUAUAUUUUCAGGAAUGAAGGCGAUUAAAACUCUUUUUUUAUUGAUUGGGUUUAUCUGUCAUCGACAAUGUCAAGGUGUACGUCACUAUGAUGAGUUGGUGGGGUAUGUUUCGGGAGGAAAAGAGGAAGCAGAGAGUAUUGCAAGGGGUCUUCAACUUCUAAUGCUCGGAGAAGUAAUACCAGAUUCAAACCUGUUCCACUUUAAAUCCACUGAAAUACACAAACGUUCUGUUGAAGAGGAUAACAAAAAAGCGCAACAUGGUUUAAAGUACUUGAAACCACUUUCAAGGGUAAAAAGGGACAACUUGGAUGAAAGUGUUGCAGUUAGUGAAGAUAUCUGCUAUGUAUCCACUAUUGGACUAGCAGACCGUCUUUCAAGGAGAUGUGUGUUCCCAUUUAUUUACAAUGGAACUCUUUAUAAGGAAUGUACGACGGAGCACAGCAGCAACGGAGCUGCUUGGUGUGCAACUAGUCUUGCUGGAGACGGAACAGUUAUCAGCGGAGACUGGGGAGAUUGUGAUCUGCAGAAUAUUAGUUGUAGUAGGUCAGACUUGAAAAUGAACCCAGAAAAUGUGAUUGAAACUUCAUCUCUAGAAGAUUCCCCAAUUGAGGAAGUUGAAGAAUUGCCGGAUUCUUUCCAAUUUCCAGAUACUGACUCUUCUCAACCUCUUACAGGGACAUUUAUCCCAGAUUCCAGGCCCCCCUUCCGUCUACCUGUUCGACCACACCAUGACAGUUUUGGAAGUACAGGGUUUGAAAUAUUUGAUGCCCCUCCUCCUCCUCAAAAUUUUCGGCUCCACAGACCUCCACCUCCUCACACACCACAGAGACUGCCAAUGGGAACAAGAAUUCUGCCUCAAGGUAUGGAAAGGUUUCUUCUCCUUUUGAACCCUCAACAUGAUGAUAAACAUGAUAAAGAGCAGUUUGAAAUAGUACAAAAACCAACAGUAAUCAAUGAGAUAACAAGAAAAAGAUUUUCUGAUAAAGAGUGGCCAAGUCAGUGGUAUUUAAAUAGAGGAGGUGAAUUGGACAUGAAUGUUGAAGAAGCUUGGGAUCUAGGUUAUAGUGGAAGAGGAGUGACAGUAACCAUACUUGAUGACGGUGUUGAAUGGAAGCACCCUGAUUUAAUGGGAAAUUAUGCAGGAGAAGCAAGUUUUGAUAUAAAUGAGAACGAUCUUGAUCCGUUUCCCAGAUAUGAUUUGUUUGACACAAACAGACAUGGAACUCGGUGUGCAGGACAAAUUGCUGCUGUGGCAAACAAUUCUUUUUGCACUGUAGGAAUAGCGUUUAACGCCAGAAUUGGUGGAGUGAAGAUGUUAGAUGGAACUAUUACAGAUGCCGUGGAAGCAAGAUCUCUGUCUCUAAACCCUCAAUUUAUAGAUAUCUACUCUGCCUCCUGGGGCCCAGAUGAUGACGGUAGAACUGUUGAUGGGCCAGGUCCACUCACCAGACGUGCACUAGAGGAAGGCGUGAGAAAAGGACGAGGAGGAAAAGGAAGUAUAUUUGUCUGGGCCAGUGGGAACGGGGGGAAAUAUCAAGAUAAUUGUAAUUGUGAUGGCUAUGCAACAUCAAUAUAUACGCUAUCUGUGAGCUCUGCAAGUGAAAAUGGUCUAGUACCCUGGUAUAGUGAACAAUGUAGUUCUACCCUUGCCACUACAUACAGCAGCGGUAGUAGUAGACAAGGGGAAAGAAAGGUUGUAACUACAGACCUGCAUGGUGGUUGUACUGCUAGCCAUACUGGUACCUCUGCUUCUUCACCUAUGGCAGCUGGUAUCAUAGCCCUAGUCCUGGAGGCCAAUCCCAACCUUUACUGGAGAGACAUACAGCAUAUAACAGUAAGAACAGCAAAACAGGCAAAUUUAAAGGCCCAAGAUUGGAGAACAAACGGUGCAGGAUACAAUGUCAGUCAUGCUUUUGGAUUCGGUUUAAUGGAUGCUGGUGCAAUGGUAAAACUAGCGGUUAAUUGGGCAUCUGUACCAGAACAAAAGUCCUGCGAGGCAACAUGGGCAGGAGGUAUAAAAAUACCAAUGACUCAGGAUGUUCAACUUAUGAUCCCAGUUCAAGAAGGUUGUUCAGCAGUUUCUGUGCUUGAACAUGUCCACGUGAAGGUUAACAUCAAUUCACUUUCUCAACGCGGAGCUUUCUCUUUGUUCCUAGAGUCACCUAGCGGUACUAUAUCGAACCUGCUUGCUCCUCGUCCCUUGGAUCAUUCGGUUUCAGGAUUUGAGGGAUUUCAGAUCUGGCCUCUUAUGUCCACACACUACUGGGGGGAAAACCCAACUGGCAACUGGACGCUUACAAUUAGAAACGGGGGAGAGAGAAUGUCAAGAAUCGAUGAAUGGAAACUCAUUCUUUAUGGAACUUCAAACCAUCAUAAUCUAUCUAUUCAACCUUCUGAUGAGAGAAACUGAAUUAAGCAGUUUUUCUUCUCACCAUAUAUGUUUAAAUAAAUUUUUUAACUAAUUUUCACAUUUUCAAACAUUUUAAAAUUAUCUAAGCUGCAAUUGGUUUUAUAUUUUUCAUCUUGACAAUCCGGUUCCAUCUCAUGCAUUCUGUAUUCUGCUUUGUUUUCCAUUCAAUAAAUAAAUCAAAAUUGUGUAA